AUGAGUAAAGCAACGAACAAGAAGAAGAAUGCUGCUCAUACCACCGAUGAUACACGUUUAACAUUAAUGAAUGAAUCAGCAAAUGUUCAACAUUCGAAAAAGACACCAUUUCUCCUCAGCGAUACUUUUCUUACGAUUCUGCUUGGUCUCGUCGCUCUCCUAUUUCUCCUGAUUAUCAUUCUUGCGGUUUUAUUUGGUUUCCAAAAUUCGACACAUGUACCAUCAUUUGUAAAACAAAUUCGAAAUCUCACCAAUGAGAGUAACAACCAAACUGUCGAAGUAUUUAUAAGCACAACACCUCUUCCAAGUGUUGAAUCAAGUGAAAAUGAGACAAUGAUGGUAUAUGGUGUUACAUCGAAAUUGCAACACAAUUUACCUAGGGGGACACAUAUUGAAUUAGGAUUUGUUGAAGCUUCCGAAGAUUGA